UUGGUUCGCAGACGCCUCUGCUAAGCCCGUGCUCACAGCUGAAGCGCCAGCCGGCAACAUGUGCAAAGGACUGGCCGCCCUGCCCCACUCCUGCCUGGAAAGGGCCAAGGAGAUUAAGAUCAAGUUGGGGACGCUCCUGCAGAAGCCAGACCCGACUGCCGACCUGGUCAUUCCCUACAACGAGAAGCCGGAGAAGCCAGCCAAGACCCAGAAGCCGUCGCCCGAGGAGGCCCUGCAGUGGCGCGGCUCCCUGGACAAGCUCCUGCAGAGCAGCUAUGGACUCGCCAGCUUCAAAAGCUUCCUGAAGUCCGAGUUCAGCGAGGAGAACCUGGAGUUCUGGAUGGCCUGCGAGGACUUCAAGAAGACCACGUCCGCGGCCAAGAUGGCUGAGAAGGCGAAGAGGAUCUAUGAAGAAUUCAUCCAGGCCGAGGCCCCGAAAGAGGUGAACAUCGACCACUUCACCAAGGACAUCACCGUGAAGAACCUGGUGGAGCCGUCGCUGAGCAGCUUUGACGUGGCCCAGAAGCGGGUCCACGCCCUGAUGGAGAAGGAUUCGCUGCCCCGCUUCGUGCGCUCCGAGUUCUAUCAGGAGUUCAUGAAGUAGCCGUGUAGCGGCCGUGAGAGUCGUCCCGUGAGUUGCUCCUCCACGACCCCCCGCGUUCCCAGCAGACGACUCUCCUCCCUCCAGGCUCUGCUCCCCGACACCCACCGGGGACCCCAGGCGCUGACUCACGCGGCUCACACUGCUCUGGCCAUCAUUGUCUGAAAGGCUUCUUUCCCAGUUUCCUCGUCCUGCCCCGCUCUGCACUAAGCUCCGCUCAGAUCAGAUGCCCGAGAGCGUGCUGCUGCCAAACCCGGUCAGCCCCGGGGAGCUCUGCCCGCGGC